AUGGAUGGCGGCGACGGCCUGAGCCUGCCGCGCUGGACGAGCAAAUUCACACUAUCGGCGCAAAAGCCACAUGCAGAGCAGGAGGAGCACAACGGCGGUGGCGACGCUGGCCUGCUGCUGUCGCCCAAGAGCCGCCUGCGCGGCACCCCAGGCCUGGGCCUGGCCAGGCGCGUGCCGCUAGGCGACUCAGCCAACCACAAUGUUCAGCACGUGGCUGGCGGCGUUUCUGGCAAGCAGCCAGGGCAGCCUGCCACCGCAACGCCGGCGCCCGGCGCUGCUGCUGGAGGGGAGGAGCCGGGCACCGUGACGCCGCUGGCGUGCCUUUUUGAGCGGUUUGACGCGCUGGCCCUGGACGGCGCGGUCGGCAGCGCCGCCCAGGCCGGCACCGGCGGCCCGCGCGCCGCAGCAAGUGGAGGCACCCAGGCCGCUGGGGCCGCGCCGCGCGCGCCGCCAAAGAGUCCGCUGGGGCCGGCGCGGCGCGUGCGUGGGAAGGACGUGCCCGGCGCGUCGGCCAGCGACCACUCGCUGGCCGCGCGCACGCGGGUGUCGUUUGGGACGCCUGUUGUGCACCAGUACCGCAGCGUCGGCGCCGACGCGGCCAGCGGCGGCGGCCCCGCCCCAUCUGAUGCGACCCCCCUGUGGUCAAAUGCGGGCCACACGCCGUACAGCCUGUCCGGCAGCCGUGGCGGCAGUGGCGGCGGCCGCGUGCGGGUCGCGGCGGGGGUCAGCCCGCUGGGAGGCCUGGACUUUGGGGAGGAGCCAGGGAGCGAGCGUGACGGGUGUGCUCUGCGCGGGCUCGGCCGGGUGUCGGGGGAGCUGGGCGAAUCUGAGAGCAGCGGUGGUGAGGAGGACGAGGGCCCGCGGCAAGACACAGACAGCUUCGAGUUCUUUGGGGGAAGGGCCAACGCAGCUGCAGCUGCCGGCGGCGCUGCAGGCGGCUGCGGCACGCCGGUGCUCGCCGCGUCUGCGUGCGGCGGCAGUGGCGAGGAGACGCCGACAAUGUUUGGCGGCUGUUUCGGCACUACGACUCCAGCGGUCGCGCUUGGCGGCGCUGUCAGGGCUCCUGCGGAGUCGGUGCCCUUUGCACUGCCGACGCCCACGCCCAAGGCUUCCCUGCGGAAGCCAGAGCGCGUGCCGUGCGACCUGCCCAGGCCCCACGGUGCGGCCGAGCUGCGCCAGCUGCUGCAGGAGCAGCAGCCCCUGCGGGACCCGCCUUUGGAGGGGCAGCCAUCCGCAGCAGACGACGCCAUGGGUCAGCAGCAGCAGCCCGCGCUCGGCAGCAUCUCGUGCCUCACCCCGGUGCGCGCGAGCAGGAAGGUCCAGGGUAGCCUCGGCGCCAACAUGGGACAGGUGCUGACGCCUGUGCGCCGCUCAGCGCGCAAGGCGGCCCCCGCGGCGGCGCAGCGCGGCCACGGCGGGGACGCCGCGUUGCUCGAGGCGACAGCUUUCUGUUAUGAGGGCAACCCCGUGCUGACACCCGCCCCAGUGGUGGCCACAGAGGUCUGCAAGCCCAAGAGGGGAAGCUGA